AUGAUAUAAAGAAUAUAAGAUUAUAGAAGAGAUUCUUCCAAUUUCAAAAUUAAUAAAGGUAAUUGAUAAAUUUUAAUAUUUAAGAAAGUACUUAAAAUAAAUUAAUUAGAUCUUUUUAAAAAUGAUUUGAAUUAAGCAAAUUCGAAGAUAAAAUAGAACUUUUCACAGAACAAGAUUAAAUUAGUUUAAAUAAUUGUGAUAUAUUUAUAAAUUAUAUUUAUAAAUUUAGUUAACAAACUUGAUGUCGAAUACAAAUAUGAAUAAACCAAUGUAAUAAAGUGAUGGAGAUGAAAUAUUCUUUCAUAUUUAAAAUAAUGCAGAGCAAUACAACAUUUAAUCAGCAGAUGAAAAAAAUUAAAACAUUAAAAUGAUUCCUGAUCAAGUUAUAGAAUCAUAGACAACAAAACCAAAACCAUUGACAUUUGAUCAAAUAAAAUUGGUUUCAUCCACUUAAGUUAGUGGUGAUGGACAUGUUAAAUCAGUAAGAGUGUAAUGUCCAUAAUGCAAAUAAAAAGUAUUAUAAUUCAUAUUCUAGGUUGAUACUGUGAUUAUUCGCAAGCCAGGAACUUAAACAUAUCUUGCAUCAUGUAUUCUUUUGCUUUGCUCAUUUGGUUUAGUAUGCGUUUCUUGUUUACCUUGUAUAAUUGAUGAUUGCAAGGAUGUUUUACAUUCAUGUCCUCAAUGUAAAAGUCCAUUGGGAAAGACAUAAUUUAAGAUUUUAGAUUGA